AUUUUAUUGCCCGUUCAGCAAAGCCUCUCAGAGCCGUAGAGGCAGUAUACGGUGAUCUCACUGCAAAUCGGACGUGUCUAGCCAGAUUAUACCAGCACGUACUAUAUAAUAUAUGACGGGCCUCACAGAUAUCACUCACUUCGACCUGUUUCGCAUUCUGGACUAUUUAAAGGUGGACUGCGAAAAGAGAAACAAAAAUGAACCCUUGGACGCCAUUAAAUAUGCUGACAUCUUCAAUUUCGCCGGCUCCUGCAGAGGACUUCGUCGCAUUGUUAGGUCCUGGUCGAAAUCGAUGUAUGAUGAGCUGGAGAUUGAUCUGCUCCAGGAGGUGCCACACAGCCACCUGAUUGUCAAGUUUGAUGAAAUACACAAAUCCCUAAAAAGAGCCACAGUGAAAAAAGUUGAUGCCUACCUUGACAUUUAUAUCAGAGCCAUGCUAAAGAACCCCCUGCUAAAAACCUUUGAGCUCAGGCACACAUCUGGCUCGUAUUUCAGUUACCAUCAGUAUAUGUUCGAUGAAAUCAUCCUGGCCAUUUGCGGUCAAUCUAAGCGAGUAGUGCAGGAUAAAGAUCGGCUUCCGAAAGUCAAGGAGAUCACAGUGAAUAUAGCAGGCAAGCUCGAUCAUUCGAUGAACAAUCUCAGUGCUCUUGCAAAUACUCGUAUUAGCAAGCUAAGUCUAACCGCAUCGUUUUCCAUCUCGGAUCUAAAGGAGUUUUGUGCCAGGAAUCCCUCGCUAGUUACCCUGGAAAUAAAUGCUUUUUGCUUCUCCGAUCAGGGACAGCUAAGCCAAAUCGUUGGUCACUGUCCAGCACUGAAGAAACUGAAGUUCGUGAUCAGCGAUAACGCCCGGGAUAGGGAAUACGUGAAUCUGGCGCUCCUGGAUAAGCUGCAGCAUCUGGAAAUUGCCAAACAGUUGGAUCAGAAAAUGGACUUUGGCUGGGAUGAAGACCAUAAUGUCGAAAACAUUGCUCGAUUGGGCCUUGAGGAACUUGAGGAAGACUCCAACCUAGAGAACAGUACUCCUCUACUCCUACUCAUCCAGGCUCUUUCGGAAAGGAAAAAAUCAAAGUUAGUUCAACUCAGGCUAAUGUUCAAGGUUAAUGACACUGUCGUCCAGGCUAUUGCCCAGCUUAGGGGCUUAAGAUUGUUGGAGUGCGGCUUUUACGAUGCCAAAAGCAUAGAGCACCUGAAAGGACACCCAACGCUCAACCGACUGACCAUACGCAGCAGGGAUCAUAUAAUCACAGAUAAUGCGGCAGAUCUUCUAAGAAAACACAUUACUGUGUCGAAUUUUUGUACCAAAAUGUCCUUAAAUCACCGAGGCCACCUUGUUAUUGAAACUAAUAAGGCUGUACUUUUUAGAAAUGUGAGAUUAGAUCCUCUUCUAAGGCUGGAGAACUUAAAGUCUCUCUGGUUGUCUGAUGCCUUAUUUCUGGAGAUAAACAGAGACCUCCACUUGUUCUUGGAGCUGGGUGUUCAAAUCAAAGGUGCUUGCGAUAUUAGUCUGCAGCACGAUUUGCGAGACUUAAAAAUGUUAUACGACAAUGACUGCUUAAAGGAAGAAAUACCACUCCCACUGGUCAGAGAUCUACGCUCUUUCAAAUUGGUCUCUUUGGAACUGCCAAGCUUCCGCUUUAUGGAAAGUCUAAUAAAAUAUCACAGAAACUCGCUGCAGGAAAUUUUUAUUCAAAUACCCAACACACUAUUUGAACUCCCCAAAAGUCAUUACCUCAACGAAUCAUUGGUUGUGGCCUUGACUUUUUUGAGUAGCCUGCGGAAAGUCUCGUGUGGGUUUCAGGAACUGCAAUUUAUUAAGCGACUGGCCCAACUGAAAGAUUUGGAAGAAAUUGAUGUGCUUUCUGAGCAUGAGGCACAGGAAAUACUCUCAAGCUUGGUGCCUAUCCUAAUUAAAUGCAAAAAGCUGGGUACAUUUAAAAUCAAGGUUCCCAUCGACGAAAUAAACCAGUCGUUGGUUGAGAGUCUUCAGAGAGCAGUAAUGGAACAUAGAGAUUCCGACAAGCAGGAUGAGCUGGAAAUCUGCCUAAAGAUAACUGAACCAAUAACCCCUGAGCAACAGGCUCUUAUUACAGGCCCAUUCAAGCUAAUGAUAUUGAGAACCGAGUCAAUUGAAAACGAUUAUGUAUUGAAGUAACUAAAUUUUACGAGAAUGAGAA